UUCAAUGUGAAGUGUAGACUGAAAGACCGAGGUGGAACCGAAUGCAGAAGUGCCCGAAAUAAAAAGGUUAAAUUAGAAGUUGGGGGAACCUGAAAGUGAUCUGAGAAAAGCAAACGUUCUCACUGAGCCGCCCAGAGAAGGAUCUAAGAAAACGGAGACGGUGGAACACGUGAAGUCAACCUGAAGGCACACAGGGAACUUCUCAACAUCGACACUUCUGAAGAGGUCAUCCACGUGAGGCUGAGCAGGCAUUGAAGAUGUAAAAAACAGAACACGCUGUGAUGACCAGGAGCUUCUUACUAAGUACGUAGUGGUCAGCAUGGCAGUGGAGUUAACGUGUCCUGGUCGACAGUGUUAUGAUGUGUCAAGAAGUUCCCCUGUGAAAUGGUAUAAGGAUGGCAAACAGAUUUUAAUGAAUGAAGUAAAAAGAGAAUCGCUGAAAAUUAAAAAUGGCGACCUGCACUUGAAUAUCGUCUACCUCACAGACGCUGGCCUUUACACCUGCGAGUUUCACUACACCCACAACGGGACCCUGAUGAAGAUGAGGAGGUCGCUGUCACUGCAGGUUUCAGGAAAGCAAACCAAAGUACCUCCAUUGAUUUCGAUCCCGCCUGAAGGCAAAAGAGUUGAAGCAGAGCUCGGGAAACCUCUGCAGCUUGAAUGCAAAAUCACAUUUGGCUUUGACAAAAAUUUUGAUCCAAUAAUGAAAUGGAUGGUAGUAGAAAAAGCAUUGGAGAGCAUCCAGCUGGAGAAGGAGCAAUGCAGAUUAGAGAACGAGGACAUUCAACAAAGGAUCGUCAUCCUGUCGGCCCAGCUCAGCAAAGUAACUGAAAGACACUUCAAUGCCCAGUUCAUUUGCUUUGCGGGCAACUCUGUUGGCAACUCGACAGGGAUUGUGACACUCAUGAAGAGAGAGCAAGUGAGCGAACCGGUGCUGACCAUCACGCUGAUCGUCAUCGUCGUAAUGGCUUUUUCGGUCUUUGUGGGCUCGGCCUCUUUUCGUUUCUAUUGGAUCGAAAUCGUGCUGCUCUUUCGAAGUUAUUUCAGGAGGGAUGAAACUGUUGGAGAUGGGAAGGAGUUUGAUGCCUUUGUGUCAUUUGCUAAAGGCGUCUCUUCUGAAGAAAGCUGUGACAAAGAAGACAAAAAUCUGAUUUCUGAAGAGGUGCUUGCACUGAAGCUUCUGCCAGACUUAUUAGAGAUGAGAUGGGGGUACAAGCUGUGCCUCCUCGAGAGGGACGUCCUGCCAGGAGGAGCUUACACUGAAGACAUCACCUCAUCCAUGAAGAAGAGCCGCCGAGUGAUUUACAUCCUCAGUCAACGCUACAUAAGCAGCACCAACAUCUUUGAACUGCAGACAGGCAUCACGUAUAUGUUAGAAGAUAAGACAUUUAAACCGAUCCUGAUCAAGUUCACCUCGCUUCCUCAAACUGACGGCCUACCUGACAUCGUGCAGCGGGCGCUGAAGGUUCUACCCAUCAUCAACUGGAAAGACUCAACAUCCGUUGAUCCAGACUCCAAGUUUUGGAAGAGCCUGAAAUAUUAUAUGCCAAUAAAGAAAACACAAUUAGUGAGCUGGACACGUAGUUGUACUGAAGAAACCGACCAUGGAACUCCAGAUAAAGGAAAAUGUGUGAAAUGUAUGACAGUGGUGGGCGAGUAAAGUGUCAUGAUGUGUUAUGUCGGGCAGGCCAUGAAGAAGCUGCUGUCAUUCAAGUAAGUGUUGUAGGCAUUAUCAUGACGUCAGAUGGUCACCUGCACCUCCUUGGGGCGCCAUGUUAGCUACGGGACUGACGCUUCAUUCAGCUUGAAGAUUGGGAUUUGGAGGUAUCAGGACUGGUGUGUGGGUGGAGUGACCAGGCAAUCUCCUCAGGUUGCAUUUUGUUUUUUCUUUGAAUCUUUUAACAGCACUACAAGCAAAUUUCACUUGGGGUGAUUCUUGUUUGAACCACAAGCCUGCCAGGAAGCUUACAGUUAUGGGACUAUAACCUGAUUAUAGUAAUGCAGCACCAUAAACUAACCAUAUAAAUUAUAUUUAGGUUCUCAGACAUUUAAGUACCUCCACCUGCAGGGGGAAUAGGGGAUGGGUGCAAUGUCAUCUGGGAGGCAGUCGAAGGAAGAGAGGCCUUGGCAAACUGGAACCCAGUCACACAAAUUGACUCUUGGGACAUGAACUGUCACCUCUCAUGAGGGUGGGUGGGCCGGAGAUGGUGGGCAAGGCAGAGAGCUACCAACAAAAUAUACAGUAGUUGGGCUCACUUCCACCCACUCGCUUGGGUCUGCAACCAAACCCCUUGAAAGAGGAUGGGCUUUCCUUUUCUCUGGAGUUGCCCCUAGGGGGCGCCAGGUGGGAGUGAGCUUUUUAUUGAGCCCCUGCCAAGCUGGAGUUUGUUCUGAAGAAUGACUACUAUAUUUAAUGAAAUCAAAGUUUAUCACUAAUCGUUUACACAUAACCUCUGUUUCUGUAUCUUCACUACCGUAUACAAAUAAGCCAAUAUCACCAUCCCAUCGAUGCUUGCUGCCAGUUUUUAUAGUAUUAUAUUAUAAUAUUAUAAUAUAUUAUUAUUAUAUAAGUAUUAUAAUCGUCCAAAAA